UCAAAAUAAAAAGAACAUAGACACUUUUUGUUCACCACCAUCUUUCUCUCUUCCUCUUUUCAUUUCCCCCACUUUUCAACUGAAAUCACUCAACAACACAUCACCCAGGUGUCCACUCCCUCCUCCCACCUGCCACUCUGACAGGCAGACACUCAUUCUCACACCUUCACUCCACCAACAAUGGCGGUUACCACCAAACCACCACAUAACAACCCCAACAACAACCUUAACCUUCUUACAUCAAUUCCGAUUAACAUGUCUUCAUUCACUUCUUCUGAACUUCACUCUAUUUCUCUUCUAUCAAACGACACCGUUUUACCAUCUUCAUCUUCUUCAAUGACCCCAUCAAAAUUCUCCAUCAACCCAUCUUUAAGUACCCACCAACAAACUUACUCCUUUUCCCCUCAUCACCCACGUCGCCAUCACUUCUUUCUUCUCAACCAACAAGAAGAAUUUGAAUCAAAGUCCAUAAUCUCAUCCCUUAGAAAACAACUCAAAUUCCCUCUUAAUCAAAACCCCACCAAAAAUAUUGAAUCUUUUGAUCAAAAUGUGAAUGUUGAGAUUGUUAAUCGAAAUGGGGUGGUGGUUAAUUUGGCUGAUUUGGAGGGGAGAGAAAAAAGUGUUGAUGGUGGGCCCUUUGGUGAAGAGUUGAGGAAGAGAGCACAAGGGAGAGUUAAAGAGGAAGAAUUGUUGGAAAUGUUGGGUGAUAUGGAAGGUGAAUGGUGUAGUAGAAGGAAGAAAAGAAGAGUUGUUGAUGCUUCUUUUUUGGGUGAUUUUUUACCUCUUGGUUGGAAACUUAUAAUUGCUUUGCGUCGAAAGGGUGGCCAUUUUACUCCUUAUUGUCGUCGUUAUAUCAGUCCAACAGGAGAGCAUCUUUCCUCUUGUAAAGAGGUAUCAUCGUAUCUAAAACCAUAUUUAGGAAUAAAUGAAAAUGAUGCUAAGCUUGAGGGGACCGAUCUUCAGGAACUACAAGUAGUUGAUUCGAUCGAUGAUAGUAACUCUAUGCUGGAAAAAUCAAAUCUAAGUUUACGUAAUACAUGUGUAUCUACCGAACGUCAAGGACCUUCAGUCCUGAGCAUUGAUGAUCUACAAGACGUUGAAGUAUGCGACUUAUAUGAAUGCCACUCCUGUAAUGUAAGUUUCGAUGAGAAGGAUAAAUAUUUGGAGCAUGUGUUGUCAAUCCACCAGAAUACAACAAGGAGAUAUACUUUUGAUUCUUCGGUAGAAGAUAAGGUAGCUAUUAAAGAGGUAAAACCCGAAGGCCAAAAGAAGAGAAAGAGACGCAAAAAUGGUUCAUCUGUUGGGGAUGGAGUGAUUAUGAAAGAUGGAAAAUAUGGGUGUCAGUUUUGUGAUAAGGUAUUUGAAGAAAGGCGCCGUUAUCUAGGCCAUGUAGGAAACCAUGUCAAGGGGUCUAUUAAAAGCGCCAAGGAUGCGGAUGUUCAGGUGAUUGGCCGUGCAAAAUCUCCGUGCUUGGACAGGCCUCUGAUUGUGAUCGACAAUUCGAGAAUGGAUGCGUUAAUUGAAAUUGCCCAAAGUUCUAUUCAGGAUAUGAACAUUCCUAUAACUGAGAAGGUGCCUGCCGGAGUUGAAAAUGUUGAUCGACUUAGCUUUGCCGAAAGUUUGCAUAGUGUCGGUGAUGUUCUGAAUACUGAAAGGAAUGUGGUUUCCUGCUUUAAUGAAGCCGACACUGCUGGAAUUUGUUCUCCCGAGCUGAUGAGUGGGAUCUCAAGUGUUUGCCCUGAUGAAAGUCUAAGAGAAAAGGACAUUGGGGAAGGUAAAAUUUCAUCUGAAGAUUUGCAUGUUUCAUGUGAUAAAGUGACUGAAAUUUCAAUGAAUGAUUCAGAUAUCGGUCACUUGGAUUAUAGUGAACAUGAAGGACAGGAUAUUGGUGAAAACAUAACUUUGUCUUUACAGUUGAAUCCACUUGAUAAAAAUGGAGAAAUACAGAGGACUGACAGAAAGUUCCGUGGUCGAACUUCUUAUUCUAACGAAAAUGAACUGAAAUUGCAAGGCAUUGCUAGAAAUGGCAUUAAUGUCAAUGGCCGAUUCGAAUGCACGACUACUGAAGACGAGAAAUCCACUGAUGAAGCUGUAGGGCUUUUGAAUAUCCAUUUGAUACGAUGCAACGGGAAAUCUUCCAAUCUUGAAUCUUCUGAUGAAAAAUUGGAUCAUGUGGAUAAAUGUGUGCCUGAGCAUGCACAAAAGAAUGAUUGCAGUGAGCUAGUAACUGUUUCCGGAAAAAAUUAUGCUCAUGGCUGUGCAGUGCCUCAAAUAUCAUUGAGUCCUUCAUCACCAUUCGACGAAAUUGAAAAGGCAGGGCAAAACAUCUGCAGUCUCGAUCAGAAUCUUGAAAGUCUAACUAGUCUCGAGUACAUGAAGUUAGACGCCAUUGAACCUCAGAUGUACAAGUACAGUGCCAUGAGUCGAGAUGAUUCGAUCUCCUUAUAUGAGGUAUCAAUGGAUUUAGAAACUAAUAUCGGUAUAGAACUAGGACUUGACAACUCUUUAAAAUCUCAAUCGGAAAUCCCCGGAGUAUCGGCUGGUAGAUGCGUGGCUACAACUGUGUGUGUCUGGUGUGGGGUAGAGUUCUCUCAUGAGAUAACUGAUGUUGAACCACAGCCAGAUUCAGUUGGUUUCAUGUGCCCAGGUUGCAGGGCCAAAAUCUCCAAGCAAUUCAAUGAUCUUGAAAGUAGUUUCCCGGAUUUCUCGCUGUUUUGAUCGGUUGUUUCGUGGCUCGUUUGCGUAAAUAUUAGUGCACAUAUAGUUUGUGUUAUAGGUUAACUACCUCUGACUUUCUACUUACGAUCCAAAUCGGCAUGCAUCGUGUAAUUGUGUUAGAUGUUACUUUAAACAAUCGCCAAUGAAACCGAAAAUAUCACCUUGUACUUGAAGAAGCUUAUGUUUCGGUUGCGUUUUUUGAUAUGUGGCUAUCAUGAAAAUAGCAGUUAGUUCUAAGAGUUUUUUUGGACUUUUAUCAUGGUACUUGGAAAAUGUGAGAACAGAGAACUGAUGUGCAUAACAUAUCUUUGACAAGGUAAAUAAUGAUAUUUUAUUACUCCAAUGUUAUUAAAUGGCUUGUUCGUAUGUACGUAAUAACGUUGUUAGUGACAAAACUAAUACAAAGGUUUUUUCCGAUUAACCAUUAAUAGUAAACAUCAGUGUACAUGACAUACUGUGUCAUUUUAUUUGAGACAACAAUGUUUAAACAUAGCUAGUAUAUAUGAUAAAGGUGAAAAGGUAGUCUUUGUUUGCGAAGAUUUGUCAUGUUGAUUUAUUUUUGUUCAUAUAGUCAAUUCUAUAUUCUAUAUUGUUGGGAUUAAAACUUUAACGAUUUUUUUUUUUUUUUUUUUUUUGUGCAGUUGUCUAUUAUCUCCUCUACUUAUAGC